CAGACUAUCGACCUGGUCGACCCUACGGCCAGGGCUGUUUCUAUUUGUCUUCAUGCAUUUCUCUGUUGUGCUGUAAGCGACUCGCUGUCCCUUUCAAGGACCUAGCUGAAACUAAUCAGGCUGCUUCCGUCCACGAAACGUCGCACUUCAUCCUCUUUUGUCUUGUGCUGAGCGUUCAAUGUAUUACGACCUCCGACAGAGCUAUCAUUCGAUAGUUCUCUCGGGAAACCACAUUCUAGAUGUAGAUAUUUCUCAUCAAGUCGCCGUCGACCCUUCGGUGAGCAAUAUGCGCAUUUUCCACCCCCUCCUUCCCUGGGAAAUCACAGUCCGGGGGGUUCACGGGCAUGCUAUCAGGAUCAUAGAUGUCCUGCGACAGAUUGAUCGUUCUUUGCAUACCAACGUUCGGCGUCGUGAUAUCGACAACGUGGAGAUUACUUCUGACCAUAGAGCCAGAAUUAAUCUUACCUUCGAGAGGCGACCAAAUGGUCAGGCGAUCCAAAGAGUUGAUUUCCUGGAACGCGAGUAUAUAUUCAUGGGACUAGAGAAGGUCAUCGGUGGGUCAUGGCGCAUGAGGACGUCGCGCUACUGAUACCAGAUAGUCAGCUGAAUGAGAUUUUCACGCAUAUAGUAUAAGUGAUACUAUUCUUCGGACAUAUUAUGAUUAUCACCUUCAUUUAAUGUUAAUGACCUAUGAUUCUUGACUUCACGGCUCGGGG